CAGAACCGACCAUUUGGGGCGGGGGAGGGGCGUAACAAAGCAAAGCCCGUGUAAGGCUGGAUCCAAAGGCCUUUCUUAUUUGCAUUUCAGAAUUCGGAGUCGCCACCAGCUAUACAGGAUGUGGUACUAUAGGAUGUCCUACCUGCAAAGUAGGCUCAAGAAUUUGCUGAAGGCAAGGGUAAUUCAAGCCCUUGAACAGUCCAACUUCAAAAGCUUAUUUCCGUUACCCAUCCAUCGGCACCACACAGCCUCCAAGACUCAGAAUUGUACUUGGCAGCAACAUGAAGAUCACUUUGAAUUGCAAUAUGCUAAUACUGUGAUGCACUUUGAUUAUGUCUGGCUUCGAGAUCACUGCCGCUCAGCAUCAUGCUACAACUCUAAGACUCACCAGCGCAGCUUGGACACUGCUAGUGUGGAUUUAUAUAUCAAGCCAAAGACCAUUCAUCUGGAUGAGACUACACUCUUUUUCACUUGGCCAGAUGGUCAUGUGACUAGAUAUGAUUUGGAUUGGCUGGUGAAAAAUAGCUAUGAAGGACAGAAACAGAAGGUUAUCCAACCUAGAAUAUUAUGGAAUGCUGAAAUCUACCAGCAAGCCCAAAUUCCAUCUGUUGAUUUCCAGAGUUUCUUAGAAACCAAUGAGGGACUGAAGAUGUUUCUACAAAACUUUCUGCUGUAUGGAAUUGCAUUUGUAGAAAAUGUUCCUCCCACUCAAGAGCACACAGAAAAGUUGGCAGAAAGGAUCAGCUUAAUCAGAGAAACCAUCUAUGGAAGGAUGUGGUAUUUUACUUCAGACUUUUCCAGAGAUGACACUGCAUAUACCAAGCUAGCUCUGGACCGACAUACUGACACUACCUAUUUCCAAGAGCCCUGUGGCAUUCAAGUGUUUCAUUGUCUUAAGCAUGAAGGAACAGGUGGCAGAACACUGUUAGUAGAUGGGUUCUAUGCAGCAGAAAAGGUACUUCAAAAGGCACCUGAGGAAUUUGAACUCCUUAGCAAAGUGCCAUUGAAGCAUGAAUAUAUUGAAAAUGUUGGAGAAUGUCAUAACCACAUGAUUGGGGUUGGGCCACUCUUAAAUAUCUACCCAUGGAACAAAGAGCUCUAUUUGAUCAGGUACAACAACUAUGACCGUGCCGUCAUCAAUACUGUACCUUAUGAUGUUGUCCAUCGUUGGUAUACAGCACACCGGACUCUGACAGUUGAGUUGCGAAGACCUGAGAAUGAGCUUUGGGUCAAACUAAAACCUGGAAAGGUACUAUUCAUUGACAACUGGCGAGUCCUACAUGGUAGGGAAUCCUUCACUGGCUACCGGCAACUCUGUGGCUGCUAUUUAACACGAGAUGAUGUAUUAAACACUGCUCGUCUCUUGGGGCUUCAGGCUUAAAAUUGACAGCACUGGGUUUAUGAAUAUACUUAGCAUCUUGGCCACCAGAAUUUCCUAUAAACAGAGUAAUAAGUCAGAACUUACCUUACAUGGUUUCCUUAAUCUGUCCAACAAAACAGAAGCUAUGUAAUUCUCUAAUAGAGGAAACCUGUUAGAGAAAUGAGGUUUCUGAUUUAUCUAACAUCAGCCAUCUAGUGGAAGAGCCAUUUUCUCGUUAUAACAUAAGCCUACUUGUUUUAUAAACCUUUUGAUAUGACUUUAUUUUACUUUAUCAAUACAACAUAUAUAGUAAAAAGAAAUCAAUUACAUUUAUUGAGUGAAACUUCUUUCAAUUUAAUCCCUUAGAAUACAAUGCACUCUAAAAAUGAAAAAGUAUUGAUAAAGCAAAACUUGCUAAAUUUUUGGCCUUAGCAUCCAUGUAUGAGACAAUAUAUGGCUACUUGUA